CACUUCCACCAAAACCAGCCAAGCCCAUGAGUCCCCUGUGUAACAGCAGCAAUAAGGACGGCGCCUGCACUGCGCUCCACGAUGCAGAGUGGUACUGGGGAGACAUCUCCAGGGAAGAGGUGAACGACAAGCUGCGUGACAUGCCGGACGGGACGUUCCUGGUCCGUGACGCCUCCACGAAGAUGCAGGGAGAUUACACGCUGACACUCAGAAAGGGCGGGAACAACAAACUGAUAAAGAUUUAUCACCGAGAUGGGAAAUACGGAUUCUCCGACCCCCUCACCUUCAAGUCUGUCGUGGAACUGAUCAACCACUACAGGCACGAAUCUCUGGCCCAGUACAACCCGAAGCUGGAUGUCAAACUCUUGUACCCGGUGUCCCGGUACCAGCAGGACCAGCUGGUGAAGGAGGACAAUAUAGACGCCGUGGGGAAGAAGCUUCAGGAAUACCACGGGCAGUUCCAGGACAAGAGUCGGGAAUACGACAGACUGUACGAGGAGUACACCAAGACGUCACAGGAGAUUCAGAUGAAGCGAACAGCGAUCGAAGCCUUCAAUGAAACCAUUAAGAUAUUUGAGGAGCAAUGUCAUUCCCAGGACAGGUUCAGCAAGGAGUUCCUGGAGAGGUCUCAGAGGGAGAGCGGAGAGAAGGAGAUGGAGAGAAUAAUCAUCAAUUUCGAGAAGCUGAAUUUGCGUUUGGGGGAAAUUCAUGACAGUAAACUGCGGCUGCAGCAAGACCUGAAGAAACAGGCGCUGGACAACCGGGAAACGGACAAGAAGAUGAACAGCAUAAAACCGGACUUGAUCCAGCUGAGGAAGAUCCGAGACCAGUACCUAGUAUGGCUUAAUCACAAAGGCGUGCGGCAGAAAAGGAUCAAUGAAUGGCUUGGAAUAAAGAAUAAAAGUAUAGACGAUCCCUAUUUUAUGAGUGAGGAGGAUGAGCUGCUGCCGCACUACGAUGAGAAGACCUGGUUUGUGGGGGACCUCAAUCGGGUCCAAGCUGAAGAGCUCCUCGGAGGGAAGGCCGACGGAGCUUUUCUAAUCCGGGAGAGCAGCAAGAAAGGAUGCUACGCCUGUUCUGUGGUGGCGGACGGCGACGUCAAGCAUUGCGUCAUUUACAGCACGUCACGGGGCUUCGGCUUCGCGGAACCGUACAACCUGUACAGCACACUAAAGGAGUUGGUCCUCCAUUACCAGCAUACUUCCCUCGUCCAACACAACGAUUCUCUGAAUGUCAGGCUGGCCUACCCCGUCUACGCACACACGUCCUCCCUGUGCAGAUAAGCCCCCGGAGGACUCCUCCCCCAGGCAGCCAUUUUGGAUCUUUUCUACAUUAUUAUUAUUUUUUUUUUUUCUAGAAACUAAAGGGGCAUUCUUUUUACUUAGACUGCUUGAUUUGCACAAGAAGUGAAUUUGUGAAUGUGAAAGGAAGAAGGCGUGUCAUCGUAAGGAUGGCCCAUGUGCUGGACAGUGUUCUGGUCAUGCGCUGAACCGCGUUCUGGUGCUUCCCUGCUUGUUCAGCUGAGAAUGUGGAAGAACAGAGCUUGCUGGGGCUCCUCCCCCUCAGUGGAGAAGAUCGUUUUUUUGUUUUUUUUUUGUUGAGGUGCUCCUCGUACCCUAAAAAAAAAAAAUGCCUGGAGGACGUUUUUAAGAUAAAGGUCCGCACCAGCGCGUGCUCCUGGUGAUAGCCAGCAACACAUAUGGGAAAGAAGACCAAAGGAUUCUCGAUUCACUUUGAUUUCCUGGAAGGAAACAAAAACUAUGAAUAAAGUUGCUUUUAUUUUUGCAACACUAAACAAAACAAAAAAAAGUUUUGGCUUCCAUGGCACUUACUCUUCAUGUGAGGAAAAGUCUAGUUCUAACCAAAUUCAACCACCAAAACUUUGCUCCUCCUCGCUGAACUAGGCACUUACGUGGGAAUUUCUGCAUCGGCAUCUGCACAUACUUCUCCGCCAAAACUUGAAAAACGAAACGGUGGUUUGAAACACUAAUUGUCUCAAUAUUGUUGUAAGCUUCUAUAUA